AUGGCGAAGUUGGAGAUGUGCGAGGAGGUCCGCCCAUGGUUAGCUCAGUACCUGACUGCCUUAUCCAAGUUGUCCACAUUGACUACUACUGUAGCGGCUCAGUCAGCUCCCCCAGCCCCACAGUGGUUGAUGGGCUUCUUGAGCUUUUGGCACAGAGGAGAAGUACGAAUGACAAGAAUACGCGUUCUUCCUUGGCAUGUAUUCCUCGGCCUUUAUACAUAUGGCUUAGCAGUGGCAACGGCAGAAACAGGACUUCUCGAAAAGUUAACCUUCUUACAAACAAAAGGAGCUGUGCAGAAACGUUGCACAGAGUCGAUGAUCGUAAAUGGUAUGGGACUCGGUUUAGCUCUCCUCAGUGGCAUGGUAAUAUAUGCUGCUGUUUUGCCAAAGCAUCAGACACCAUAUUCUAAGACUAUUUACUCUAGUAAUAAGCUACAUUCUUAG